GCGCCGCCCCGCGCCUCCCUGCCCGCCACCCCGCCCCGAGCCGGGGGUACCUGAACCAUUAAAAAGUGGGGCUCCACCUCCGGAGGGUCAGUUCAGCCUGUGGGCUUACAGGGAACCCGUCGAGAACUCAAGACAUCCACUCUAGUACAUAAGAUCCCAACAAAAUGGCGGUGACAGACCUGCUCACGCCCACGGGCCUCUUCUACUACCUCCUGGUGCCCACGGUCAUCCUGUGGUACGCCUACUUCCGGUACCAGCGCAGGCGCCUCUAUGAGCUCGCCGCCAAGAUCCCCGGACCCGAGGGGCUGCCGCUCAUCGGUUCGGCCCUCGAAUUCAUGGGCUCCGCCAACGACAUCUACAUCAACAUGUGGAACCGCUCCCUGGAGUACUCCUCGGAGACCCCCGUCAAGGUGUGGAUCGGCCCCCGUCUGAUGGUGUUCCUGCAGGACCCCCGCGACGUGGAGGUGAUCCUCAGCAGCAACGUGCACCUGGACAAGUCGACCGAGUACCGCUACUUCCAGCCCUGGUUCGGCAACGGCCUGCUCAUCUCCACCGGCGACCACUGGCGCAGCCACCGCAAGCUCAUCGCCCCCACCUUCCACUUGAACGUCCUCAAGUCCUUCAUCGACCUGUUCAACCACAACAGCCGCGGCGUCGUCGAGAAGCUGCGCAAGGAGGUCGGCCACGAGUUCGACGCCCACGAGUACAUGAGCGAGGCCACCGUGGAGAUCCUGCUGGAGACCGCCAUGGGCGUGAGCAAGAAGGAGCAGCAGUCCGGCUUCGAGUACGCCAUGGCCGUCAUGAAGAUGUGCGACAUCCUGCAUCUGCGCCACACCAAGUUCUGGCUGCGCCCCGAGACCAUCUUCCGCAUGACCAGCUACUUCAGCGAGCAGACCAAGCUGCUGGGCAUCAUCCACGGCCUCACCAAGCGCGUCAUCAAGAACAAGAAGCUCGAGUUCAACAAGGGCGUCCGCGGCUCCCUCGCCAGCUACCCCGGCAUGAAGGCCGAGACCGCCAAGGCCGAGACCUCCACCGCCAAGACCACCAAGGUCGAGGACAGCGGCAUGUCCUACGGACAGAGCGCCGGCCUCAAGGACGACUUGGACGUCGACGACAACGACGUCGGCGAGAAGAAGCGUCUGGCCUUCCUGGACCUGCUCAUCGAGUCCGCCCAGAACGGCGUGGUCCUCACCGACCAGGACAUCAAGGAGGAGGUCGACACCAUCAUGUUCGAGGGCCACGACACCACCGCCGCCGGAAGCUCCUUCUUCCUGUGCAUGAUGGGUCUGCACCAGGACAUCCAGGACAAGGUCGUGGAGGAGCUGGACCAGAUCUUCGGCGACUCCGACAGGCCCGCCACCUUCCAGGACACCCUGGAGAUGAAGUACCUCGAGCGCUGCAUGCUGGAGACUCUCCGCAUGUACCCGCCCGUGCCCAUCAUCGCCCGCCAGCUGCGUGAGGAAGUCAAGAUGGCCUCCACCGGCGUCACCAUCCCCGCGGGCUGCACCGUGGUCGUGGCCACCGUCAAGCUGCACCGCAACGAGGAGAUCUACCCCAACCCCACCGUCUUCAACCCCGACAACUUCCUGCCCGAGAAGUCCGCCAACCGCCACUACUACGCCUUCGUGCCCUUCAGCGCCGGCCCCAGGAGCUGCGUCGGUCGCAAGUACGCCAUGCUCAAGCUCAAGAUCCUCCUCUCCACCAUCCUGCGCAACUACCGCAUCAAGGCCACCAUCCCCGAGAAGGACUUCAAGCUCACCGCCGACAUCAUCCUGAAGCGGGCGGACGGCUUCAAGAUCUCCCUGGAGCCCCGCAAGAAGUCCGGCCUCAACAUCACCUCCCCAGUGGCCCCCGGCGUGCGCGUCUAACGCGGUGUAGUCAACGUUGUAAUUAGCUUCUAUUUAUUUUAAUUAGUCUCUUUAUGUAUAUUUUGUACUAUCCGUCUGUGCCUUUCUGUCCGUCUCCUAUGUCUGUCUCUGUCUUUCUCGCUACGUCUCCCCUCCUCCUCUUGUCUUCCCUGUCGCACGGCGAGACUUACCUACCAAUGUACAUUCAGAGGAACAAAUGAAACGAAUAAACGAUAAAGAAUGGAA